UAAAUUCCCUUCUCCCGGCUAUGCUUCCUUCCAACAAAAAGUCACGUAUCUCCGUAAUUCGUUGCCCAAAACGAGGCGAUAUUUGUCUUUUUACGAUUACCCCGCAAUUCUUACCCGAGCGGUUUUUUGCAUAAACGAGAAGAAAGGACUCGAGGAAGCUCUGCUCGCACGAUGCGUGGUGCAGUAGUGAAACGACCAAGAGAUGGCUAGCGAUCCUUUCCCUCUGCUUUUCUUCGAAAUGGCGUUUCUCGCAUUUCAUGGUUUAUAGAAAAACCAAACCCUAACAAUCCCUUUCUCUCUUCUUUUUGGCUUAUUUUGCGGUAAAUAUAUUCAGAGAUAGGGAGAGAUGGGGGAGUUAUCGAAGGUGUUGUAUAUAGUUGUGAUGGACGAAGGUGAGAAGACAGAGGAGACGUCGUCGUUUCGAUACACGCGUCCCGUUCUUCAGAGCAGUCUCCAACUCAUGGGCUGCAAGGCUCGUCAUGCCUUCAAGAUUAGCCAAAGGGUUUUUGAAUUGAUAAGAAGUGAACCUUCUUAUAACUCUUUACUUCAAUUGGGAAGUGAUACAUUGAAUUCUGAUGGUUUGAAAGGAAACUCUGAGAAGGAAUAUGUUCAUCCUGCCAACGGUGACUUCCGUAGAGCAGAGGCGGGCAGCCGUUUAGUUUCUGACAAAGAUGAUAGAAAUAGGAGUGUACCAUUUGAGUUGUACAAAAGACGUACAUCGAUUAUUGUUAAAAGAGAAGCUUUCUUAGAUGUUGUCUGUGAUGCUCUAGCUGAAUAUAAGUAUGUAGGUCCAAACCAGAGGGCUGACUUGAUUUUGGCAUGCAGAAUCCGGGAGAGGAAGGAAUCUGUAACUGUGCUGUUGUGUGGCACUAGUGGUUGUGGCAAAUCUACUUUGUCUGCUUUGCUGGGUAGCAGGUUGGGAGUUACAACUGUGAUUUCAACUGAUUCAAUUCGUCACAUGAUGAGGAGUUUUGUAAAUGAGAAGGAAAAUCCUCUACUCUGGGCUUCAACCUACCAUGCUGGGGAGUGUUUGGAUCCUGUGGCAGUUGCAGAAGCGAAGGCUAAAAAAAAGGCAAAAAAAUUGGCAGGCAUUGCUCAAUCACUUCCUAAGGGUGAGCUAGCUGAUGGUUCUUCAGCUGGCAAGUCUGAUGCCCCACCAAUGGAGAGUGGUUCUACUGGUACUGAAUUGAUUGGUCUGAAACAAAUGGCUGUUGAAGGAUUCAAGGCACAAAGUGAGAUGGUCAUCGACAGCCUAGACAGACUGAUUACUGCAUGGGAAGAGAGGAAAGAGUCUGUAAUUGUUGAGGGUGUACACCUAAGCCUUAAUUUUGUUAUGGGGCUUAUGAAGAAACACCCUUCAAUUAUACCAUUCAUGAUAUACAUUACGAAUGAAGACAAACACUUGGAAAGAUUUGCAGUUCGUGCAAAGUACAUGACAUUGGACCCUGCAAAAAAUAAGUAUGUGAAGUAUAUAAGGAAUAUCAGGAAGAUACAAGAUUAUCUGUGCAAACGAGCUGACAAGCAUUUGGUCCCCAAAAUAAACAACACAAAUGUGGACAGAAGUGUGGCGGCCAUACAUGCAACAGUUUUCAGUUGCCUCCGCAGGCGUGAAGCUGGGGAGCCACUUUAUGAUCCUAUAACAAAUAAAGUUGCUGUGAUUGAUGAGGAAUACUGGAAUCAGUGUGCUGCCAAUUCACUGAGUUCCAAGGGAAUGUUUCAGUUGAUCCAGAGGAAUGGUUCUUCUAGGCAACUGAUGGCUCUUCUUAACACCGAUGGAUCUGUGGCAAAAGCUUGGCCAGUUCAAUCAGUUGAUAGUAAUGGAAGGCCUAUCUCUAGCCAUGGGAUUGAAGGUGGAAUAGGCAUUCCCUUGUAUGGACCUUUAAAAAUUCACAAGGCCGAACCCGUUAAUCUUCAAUUUGGUCACUUUGGAAUUAGUGCCUGGCCUAGUGAUGGUGGCACAAGUCGUGCUGGAAGUGUAGAUGAGUCAAGAUGUGAUGGGACUGAUAAUGGCAGUAGAUACCAAUCUUCUUGCUGCAGCUCACCCAGGAUGUCCGAUGGUCCUUCAAAGGAGUUAAAGGAGGAAAAUUCAGUGUAUGGCAGUGAUGAAGAAGUUGAUGAUCCACCUGAGGUAGACAGUGAUGAAGAUUUUAGUGAUGAUGGUGACAAACAUAUCCAAGAAGAGGUAGGCUCUGUUGAUGAAUGCUCAACAAAGUCAGAUGAAGAGUAUGAUGAUCUGGCAAUGCAGGAUGUGCAGGAGAAUGGCUACUGGUCAGAUGAUGAACAAGAACCUCGUGGUAAGGUAAUGACAUUUUCUGGGGACCAAGCAACCCGUACAAGGGGGGAUAAAUAUAACAAGAAUUUAGACCUUUUCUUAAAAAGUAGAGGUGAAGAGUUUUCUAAGCCACUAUGCUCUUAUUCUUCGCUGCUUGUAGGGAAGGAUGAGAGAGGAUUGGCACCCAUAAGCAAUGUUAAAACUAGGAAACGCUCCCUCAGCAUUCCACCCUUGGGGAAACAUGGAUCAAUAAUCAGUGAUCCCAUACUUUCUGGGGCCCCCUCAGUGUGAUGCUCGUUAUGGUUGCCUGACUGGGAAAUGGCAAAGAUGAUUUAAUGUUGAUUUUUGUUUUUGGAUAAACACCAUGAGCAAGCAAACUUUGGGUUUAAACUGCAAAGCUUGUGUCCGCUUGAGCCAAUUAGGGAAGUAAUAAGCAAGUCUGCAGCUGUAUAUAAUUAUUUAGAUUCAA